AUGCACUCUUAUCCCAUGAAGGCCAGGAAUAUCUUCUCUUGCAGGAACGCUCUGGUGGUUUGCGCGCUCAUAUGGUUCACCAUUUGCUCCAUCAGCCCGGUUUACUUCGUUACGGACUCCAAUAACGACAAGACCAUGUGCUUCCAGAGGGUCAAGGGAGCAUUGUCGUUGCAUUUCGUUUUGUUGUUGGUCAUCGUUGGAUUCCUAGUGCCGUUCCUCAUCAUGCUGUUCUGCUCCGUUAGAGUCGUUUGCACUUUAAAGAAACAGUUGGACGUCGGAUCGCGUUCUGAGAAGAUCCAAUGCAUGUUUAUCAUCGUGGCCAAUUUAGUUGUUUUCGUCGUAUGCUUUCUCCCCGUCCACUUGGGUUACCUCGUUAAAUACAUCGUGCAAAACAAGUACGCAAACACAGACGAUAACGAAAGCUGCUACUAUAAACUGGUCGCGCACAACUUCCUGCACAUUGCUCUUUGCUUUUCCAAUAUGAACUGCGGUUUGGACUGCUUUAGCUAUUUUUUCGCAACCAAAACGUCCUGGAAUAUGUGCUGCAUGAAUGACACUAACAAUAAAGAAGGUGAAUGUGAUUACAACACCGUUUCGGAUGCAGUUAGUACGCCAACGUAAUUGUUUCGACUGGGUUUUGUUUUAUUACGUGGUUCCUUUUUGAACGUUGUAUGCACUCUGUACUCAUAAAUAAGGGUUGCAGUUAGUGCUGGGCGGUAUACCGGUUCAUACCGAA